AUGGCGGCCGCUCUAACGUUGAAGCUCACAAACCGAUCUCCGAAGCAACCGAUCCGGAAGCUUCCCGCGACCAUCGAGGUCCCGGCCGACGCCACCGUCGAAGAUGUAAAGAAGAUUGUGGCGCGGCAAGCGGGCAUCUCGGACUUCAACCGAAUCGGUAUCUUCAACCCCACGACGAUUAAGACGAUUAAGGACAGGCGUGCCAAGAUUGGCGACGAUGCCGAUGUUGUCAAGGCGAAGGAGCUUCUCGUCAAGGAUCUCGGCCCCCAAAUCGCCUGGAAGACCGUCUUCCUCCUCGAAUACCUCGGCCCCAUCCUCUUCCACGUAGCCGUCGUCCUCGCCCGUCCCUACCUCUACAAAGGCAUCACCCCCGCCACGCCCCUCUCCGACACCCAAUGGCUCACCUUCACCAUGUUCAUCGCGCACUUUGUCAAGCGCGAGUUCGAAACCCUCUUCGUGCACAAAUUCUCUGCAAGCACCAUGCCGGCCCGCAACAUUUUCAAGAACUGUGCCUUCUACUGGAUCUUCUCGGGUCUCCUCUGCGCCUACGCCGUGUACUCGCCGACCUCCCUCGCUGCGACGGCUAACGAGCCCAUCGUCGAUCUUGUGGGUACGAUUAUUUUCGUACUUGCUGAAUUGGCGAAUGCGAGCGUUCAUUUGCACCUUUCGAGCUUGAGGUCCAGGGGCGGCACCGAGAGGAAGAUCCCUACGGGUCUUGGGUUUUCGCUCGUUACGUGUCCCAACUACUUGUUUGAGGUGAUUGCGUGGGUUGGUGUUAUUAUUGCUAGCAGGAGUUGGGCCGUGGCUCUCUUUAUUACUAUCGGCGCUGCGCAGAUGGUUGUUUGGGCCAAGGGCAAGGAGAGGGCGUAUAGGAAGGAGUUUGGUGACAAGUAUAAGAAGAAGCGAUACGUUAUGCUUCCUGGUCUUGUCUAA